CAUACAUACAUACAUACAUACAUUUGACUCUCAAUUUCAGGUGGUGACAGCCAACUGUGUCCGAGUGAAAUCUGCUGAUCACCAGACAAAGCACGGUGUGGUGCACAUAGUCGAGAAACUGUUGGAACCCGUAACAGACACGCUGUUGGAAUACAUCAAGACUAACCCAGAUCUGAGCGACUUCAGUAAAGUCAUCGAAAAAGCUGGUUUGUCUACCAUGCUAGACAACGAUGGACAUAUGACUGUUUUUCGCACCAACUAAUUCGGCUUCUCUCAAGACUUGAGAAGCGACUUUUACAAGAACCUGCUGCAAGGAGGAGACGACUGUGCGAAUGUUAUUAUCAAGAACCAUAUUUUAGGAAACGUCAUUUGUACGGCACCAAUCGUAGGAAACGUUCGUACGCCAAACAUUCUUAAAGAACAUUUGCAGCUGAGCAGAGACGAAGCCGGAAAACUGUUUGUUAACAAUGCUCAGAUGGUUGUCCGCGAUGUUCUUACUACCAACGGUGUUAUCCAUAUUAUUGAUGAAGUCUUAGUUCCAGAGAGUGCCAAGAAUUUCCUGGACAUUGCCAAAAGUAAGAACGCCGAUAUCUUCGCAAACCUGUUUCGCGACAAAGAAUUAACGAAAUAUUUCUCGCAACUCAAGAAUAUAACAGUUUACCUACCAACUAAUGAAGCAAUGAAGGUAGUGGAUGCCCUGUACAAAAAUGCCGACGUGAAAAAUAACGAAGCUUUGAUGGAAAUUUUGAAGUACCACUUUGCGAAAGGUGUCCACAGCUGGUCGAGAAUGUACAACAACAUGGAGUUAGACACACUGAACAACGAUGGCAAAAAACUUCGCAUCAAUGAAUACGUCAGGUUUUCCUUCAAUACCAAAUGGACUCACACUGUGCAGUGCGUCAGAACUUUGACCGGUCCAAUCCGAACAUGCAAUGGAAUCGUUUAUCUAAUUGAAAAGAUGUUGACUCCACCUGAAAAUGAUGUGAUGACCAUCCUGAGAAAAGACUCACGUCUGACAACAUUUGUCAACGCUCUCAACAAAACUGGUCUGAUUAAUCAAAUCCAGAACAAAACCGAAGCUUUCACUAUCUUUGCCCCGACCAAUGAUGCUUUCAACAAGUUAAAUGCUCGACAAAGGGAACAAGUGGAGUCCAACCCUUCAAUUCUGUCGGCGUAUAUAUAUGACACUUCCGUCUGCUGCUCCAGCCUGGAAGGUAGCGGCUUCCGUUUCCGCGGAGGACACAUCAUAUCCUGCGACAACAUGGCAACCGACGGUGUGGUCCACAUCGUCGACAGAAUCAGCGUCAGGAAGCGACACUCCUGGUGGCACAGAUUCUUCUCCUUCGACAACAUCUUCUAAACAAAAACAACAUCGCAGAAAAA